GUUUUGAUCGUGUUUCGGAUAGUAGAGGAAUUGCAUCUAAACAGCAAAGAUGCUUCUUUAUUUCACCUGUUGAAGAUAAUUGCUCCAUUGUCAGUUUACUAACGAUUGAAAUUCACACAUUUCUUAGUUAGAGAAUUAGAAAAGUGCAUUCAAGAUUAACGUUUCCAAGUAUAGCAUUCAUAGAUGUCGAGUGUUUACCCGUUGCAAUUUUGGAAUAUUGAUCAUCCAAUGAGAACUAAAGAUUUGUGCUUCGGAUUCGAUUUAAUAUGGUAAAAGGAGAUAUGGAUGAUUGAUUUUGGGCGCUUUUGUGAUGUGGACUUUCAUCUCAAGAGACGAUUAUUGUAUAUCUUACUUAAAUGAACUAUUGAAAUGGUUUCGAUACUGUGUGCGAUCAAGUGAAUGAGACAAUCUCCUUUCAUUCAUGUCAUGAGUAGAGAAUUAAACCUUUUUAAGGGUGGAUAUGGUAACUAUGAAUUCUGAAAAAUCGGCAUGUUGCCAAAAGCCAAGCGAAAGCAGUGAUAUCGGAGGAACAGCAGAUCAAUUGAGAAAUAGACAUAAUCAGACAAUUCAAUGUACUAAUCAGAAUGGGGAAACAAUUGAUAAAUAUCAAAGUAGUCUCACAUAUCACAUCACUGCCUCGUGUGCCGAAGAUACACCCAAUUAUCUUGUAUUCCAGAAAAUGGAAGCUAUCGUAGAAAAAAUGUCUGAUGAAGUAACAGGUGUUCCAGUAAAAACAGUGAAGAGCUUUAUGACAAAAACGCCUUCUGUCUUUACAGGCGCAGACUUAGUGUCAUGGAUGAUGAAAACCAUGGCUGUAGAUGAUCAAGAGGCUCUUCAUGUAGCACAUCUUAUGGCAUCCCAUGGAUAUUUUUUCCCUAUCGAUGACCACUGCCUUACUGUAAGAAAUGAUAAUACCUUCUAUAGGUUUCAAACACCAUAUUUUUGGCCAUCUAAUUGUUGGGAACCAGAAAAUACUGAUUAUGCAGUUUAUUUAUGCAAACGAACAAUGCAAAACAAAACUCGUUUAGAAUUAGCAGAUUAUGAGGCUGAAAAUUUGGCCAAGUUACAGAAGAUGUUUUCACGUAAAUGGGAGAUUAUCUUUAUGCAAGCUGAAGCACAAAGUAAAGUUGACAAAAAGAGAGAUAAAUUAGAAAGGAAAGUGUUAGAUAGUCAAGAAAGAGCUUUCUGGGAUGUUUAUAGACCAAUGCCUGGAUGUGUUAAUACUACAGAGUUGGAUAUUAAAAAAGCAUGCCGUAGUUACAAACCAAGUUUAGAGGCAAGUAAAAAAGUACAAAUAGGAGUAGCUAGUGGUAGAAUUCCCUCACAUUCAGGGUCAAAUAUGGUGUCAUCCUUGGAAGUAUUGCGUAAAGAGAUUGAAAUGUUAAAUGCUAGAUUAGAUAGACCGAACGCUAAAGUAUCAAAAGUUUCGGAUGCUCUGAUUGGAUAUUUUGAGCAGUAUGUAGAGUAUGAUCCUUUUUUCAUACAACCUGAAUUCACGAAUCCAUGGAUAUCAGAUAACUCUGAAAUGUGGGAGCAAGAAAAAUUAGCAAAAGAAAUAUCAACAAGGAGAGUGAAAAGGUGGGCGUUCAGCCUUCAAGAAUUGUUACAAGAUCCUGUCGGUAGAGAGCAAUUUAUACGUUUUUUGGAUAAAGAGUUUAGUGGUGAAAAUCUGAAAUUCUGGGAAGCUGUUCAAGAAUUAAAAACUUUGCCACAGAAAGAAAUACAGACUAAAAUAAAUGAGAUUUGGUACGAGUAUUUGGGCCCGGAUGCUAGUUGUCCAAUUAAUGUCGAUUCUCAUUCUUUUGAAGUAACGAAGAAGAAUUUGCAGAAAGCUGAUCGAUGGUGUUUCGACGUAGCAGCGGCACACGUAUAUCAUCUGAUGAAAAGCGAUAGUUACUCGAGGUAUCUACGUUCAGAAAUGUAUAAGGACUUUCUCAAUGGCUCGAAAAAAAAGACUUCGGUAAAAGGUAUUCGUUCUAUCGUGUCAUUCAGCGGUCGAAGGGAUACGGCCACCUAGUAAAUCAAUACUAUAUACAUUUUUCGAUUACGGAAAUCAUUCCAAAUCUCGAAUCGUAUUUCCGUUCUCGCAGCGAUUCGAAGAGGAACACUAUUAAUUUUAUUACUGCAAGAUUUAUUCACUUUCGCAGAAGUAAGUAUGCGAAUACUGUUUACGUAUAAAUUCGACCGUGUUUCUUAAUGUGUUUGUCUCUAGUUCUUUAUUUCGUGCAAUUUCAAAAUAUCGAAUGAAAGUAAAAUCAUCUUCCGUUUAUAAAUAAUUUGUUAUACUCUGUGUAUCAUAAUUAUGGAAAAUACAUACUUUAAAUCACG